AUGAGUACCAAACGACGUAAACCCGAAGAUUCAAUAACGCCAGGCCGAAAGCGGGCAAGGCGGGAGCCCACGGUGGAUCAGGUACGUUUAUUUUAAUUUGAUUUUUGUGUUUUUAGGUAACAAAUUAAAUUAUUUUAAGCAAUUUGGGUAAUAACUGUAUAAAUUUAUUGAAAAGCUUUAAAACAGCAAUUUAAAUAGGUAUGAAUGGUUAUUCUAAAACUUUUUUUGCUUAACUAUUAGUUUGUCAAUGUGAAGUUACCUUGUUUUAGUCUGGAAUGUGUCAAUCUCUUUUCAACGCCUUGAAGGCGGCGCGUGAUGAGGAGGGCAGUCUCAUAUCAGAAACCUUCAUGAGAGCACCAUCACGAAGAGCUGAUCCAGAGUUUCACUCUACUAUUCAGAAGCCUAUCGACAUUGGGCGGAUCUCACAAAAGCUAAACUCUGAUGAUUAUGCCACUUUUGAUGAGAUUUGUGACGACUUCGAGUUGUUGAUCAAGAAUUCGUUGAGCUUCUACAAGGUAUGAAAAGGACAUACUUUUUUCUUUUUAUUUAGUUAAAAUUAGUGUUUUUUAAUUGCGCUGUGUAAUAUAUUAUAUAAAACGUUAGUAAAAACGUAGGUGAUGUUUAAAUGUAAAAUUUAACAUUUCAGGGUGAUUCUCAAGAACGAAGACAUGCUUUGGCCCUUCAGAAGGCAUUAAGAGAUGAAAAAGAAAAAAUUUUGAAUCCUGAAGAAGGGACACCUCUAAAAACGCCGAAAAGGUAAUUUUUAACCUACAUUUAUUUGCAAAAAAAAUAAAUUUAAAACAAAAAUUAUUUUUAAAAUUUAAAUUUGACGAAUUAAACUAAAAACCGUUUUUAUAGCGAACCAGUCGAUCCCUGGCGAUUCCAAGCCGUCAUUUGUGCCAUUUUGGAUCUCACAGACAAGCAAGGACGUCUGCUAUGUCCGCCGUUCCGAAUUCUGGCUCCAAAUGACAAAUUUCCCGAGUACUACGAAGCCAUUCAGAAUCCGAUUGAUUUGAAACGGAUAGCUGAGAAGGUUGAUGAGUACACAAGCUGGAAGGAAUUUCAAGACGAUCUCAAGUUACUAUUUAAGAACGCCAAAACAUUUAAUGAACCUGGCAGUGUUAUAUACAAAGACGCAAUCCAGCUGAACCAGUUCGCCAAUGUGAAGUGCGCUGAGUUUAAAGAAGCUAAGAAGAUCACGAAUAAAGAGUAGGUUGUUGAUUAUUUAGCAUUUAAUCUUUUUUAGUAAACUUUGUGAUUUCUGAUGGGUUAGUGACUUUUUGAUACCUAAAAUAAGGUUUUUCUUCUCUUUACUAGAAGAAAUUUUACAUUACAGUGCAAAUAAAAACAAGGAAAUGAUAGCUGAAUUGCUAUCACAAAGCUACGAAGAGGAUGAUGAUGCGAUCUCAGAGGAUUCAGAUGACGACAAUCAAGAGUCGGUGUCAGAUGAGAUGAAAAAGCUUUAUUGGAAAGUUCGAGAUUUUAAAAAAGAUGGUCGAGAACUGAGUGAGAACUUUAUGAAUCUACCGGAGAAGGUGUAAGUAGAAGUUAGUUAAAAAGGUUUUGAGCUUAUAAAUUCUGUUGCUGGUAAAUAGGUAACAGAUUUAGGCUUGAUUUCUCAAAAAUAACCAUUUGAUUUUUAAAAAUAUUGGUUUAAUGUACCUUCUUUAGUCACUAUCCGGACUAUUACGAGGAGAUCUCAGACCCAAUGUCAUUUUAUUUGAUCAAUAAGAAGAUGAAACAAGGAAAGUAUGACAAAAUUGACGAAUUGGUACAGGAUAUUCACAAAAUAUUCUGUAACGCCAUGUCUUACAAUGUGCCGCAAAGUGACAUAUAUGAAGAUGCUGCCGAGUUGGAGGAGGUUCUGAUCAACACGGUCAAGCAGAUGGGCCUUCGUGUGGAUAUUAAGGUAUUUUUUUUGUAUUUGAGCUUUUUUUAGAAUUUGAUGAUUAUCGAUACCUAAAUUUCAUAAAUUUUGUUUGAAAAUUCUAAUCUACUUAAAUUUAGCCAUUUACGGAUCCACCAGAAGAAGAGGAAGAACAGUCUUUCCAAGAACCAGCAGAACCUCCACGGAAACCACGCAAACCUAAAAUCGAAGUAGUGGAAGCCUUAUCCACAACGUCAUCGAGUCCUCAGCCAGUUCGCGACCACCAGUUAAGCCUUACUUCAGAUGACAACUCAAACCUUGAAGCUCCAGGGUCACCGAAAAAGAAGCGUGGCGUACCACCCAGCCGAUUGCCAACCGCUAUCGAAACCCGGAAGAUGUUGAUCCCAAAAAGAUCAAAACGAGAUCCAAAUGGGCCGAGAAUGAAACCAGGUCGAAAGUCCUUUAACGAAAUCCGAGAACGAUACAAGUUGAAGUUGAUGGAAGUUAUUGAAGGGAUUCAGAAUCUGAACGAAAACGGCCGAAAGUUGUGCAAGGAGUUUUUGUAUCCACCGAACAGGAAAGCCUUCCCAGAAUAUUAUGUCGAAAUCGAGAAUCCGAUUGAUUUGACCACGAUUAAGCAUAGGAUUCAGAAUGGAGAUGUGAGUUUGAAAAAUAAAAUUUUUGGAUAAUAUUUAUAAUUUUUUUGUUUUUAAAAUUUUAAAAGAUAUGUUGAUUACAAUCUGCUUUUUUAGUACAAAACGUCGGACGAAUUCUUGGAAGAUAUCAAAUUAAUGUGCAGAAAUGCCCGCCAAUUCAACGAACCUGGAUCUCAAAUCUACAAGGAUGCGAACACAAUCGAAAAACACGGUCAAAGUUUACUGGCAAUGUUCACAAACAACACACCAUUGUACUUCCCACCACCUAGCAAGUAAGUUUUUAUUUUUAAUGUUGUCGCUUUGAGGUGAUUUUUUUAAAAUUUUUGUUUGUUUUGCGUUAAAAAGUUGUCGUAAAGUGUAUAUUACAUCAAACAAAUGUUUUAAACUGUAUGUCGCUUGAAAAACACCUUCUAUUAAUAUGUUCAGAAAUUCCAGAAGGCAGCCGACUUACUUUAAUGGCGAUUUGGACGAAGAAGGCUCAUAUGUAUAUAGACAAUCGCCGAAAAUCAAAAGGGAAAGACCUUUACCGCCAACACCACAACGUCUAAAUGGACUUCAACAUCAUAUGUUGUCCAUACUGGAUGCCAUUUUGAGUUAUCAAGGAGAUGGAAAUAGAAUUUUAUCUGAAAAGUUCUUACGGUUACCAUCGAAAAUGGUAAGGAAUUAAUUUUGUGGAGUUUUUUGCAAAAAAUCAAUUUUCGAUUUGAUUUUUUAAAUAAACUUUGAAUGGUUUUUACAGAAAUUUCACGAUUGCUUUAAAUUUUAUUUUUGUUAUUUCAGGAGUACCCAGAAUACUACGAAAUUAUCAAAAAACCCAUGGACUUGAGCAGAAUUCGCCAAAGAAUUGUCUACAAACCCUACGAAUCUCUGCGCCUUUUCCUGAACGAACUCAAUUUGGUUUUCGAAAACGCCUGCAAAUUCAACGAACCAGAAUCCGAAAUCUAUCGUGAUGCCAUAACGCUACAAAAAGAACUCAUGGAAAUCAAAGCCGAACUUUUCGAAGAAUCUACAGUACCGUCCGUACAAGUACAAGUCAAACGAAUCCUCACGAAUCUGCUGGUCUAUGUGAAUACAUUUGCGGAAAACGACCGAAUUCUAGCUCAUUCAUUUGCCGAUAUCAAGGAUUUGUUUGCCAAGAAUGGCAUCAAAGUUGCGGAUAUGCCUUUCACGUUUGAACAAAUGAAGAUCAAUGUUGAUAAGGGGCGUUAUCGACGAUUGGACAGAUUCCAAGAUGAUUUGUUUGCGUUCUUCACUAAGAUCAGAGAUAUUACAGCGCCGACUAGCCAAAUUUUUGAGGAUUCAAUCAAACUUCAGCAAGCUUUUAUUCAGAAGAGAGAUGAACUGUGUAAAACAGUCCUAGUUUCACCGGCUACAACGUUCAAUGACAGCAUGUUGAACGAUGAAAUUGAAGCACAAAAGAAGGAGCAUCGGAACAAAGCAAAGGAGGAAAAGAACAAGGAUGAAAAGGUUGCGGUGGCAAAUGAGGAAAAUGUUAGUUUUUAGGCUUAUUGCAUUAUGUUGAAGCUUUUAUUACUAAUUUUUUUGAAAUUUGGGUUAGAAAUUUAUAAUAACCGUAAUUUUUUCAGAAAGAGAAGGUGUUAGACAGCGUGAAAAAAGAUGGCAUCAAGUAUCUUCCAGGCGAUUAUGUAUAUGUUACCUCUGACAAAGAACGGCAUAUAAUUAAAAUCCAGACUAUCAAGGAUGUGCCAGACGAAAAGGAGCUUUUGAUCAGUGGAAAAUGGGUCUACAAACCGUCACAAACCUUCCACUUGGCCACAAAGAAGUUUUAUCCACAUGUAAGGCUUUUAUAAAUCUAUAUGGCUACAAAAAUACUUUUGAAUUGCAAUAUUUUUUUACGAAAAUUUUAUUUUUAUGCAUUAAUAUUGAGUUUUAGGAAGUUUUCUUGACACCAUUUACCGCCAACAUCACUGUUGAACGUCUCGAUGGAAAAUGCGUAGUAAUGUUUGUGGAUGACUAUGUUACCUCAAAACCAAAGGACUUUGACGAAAAGGACAUUUACCUAUGCCAUCAAGAGUAUCUCGGUCGUCGUCAACACUUCCGACGAAUUCAAACUUGGCCAUUUCCGGACGAAGCCGAAAAGUUCAACUUUGAAGCCAGACCAGAAGAACUUGAAGUUGAGAAAACAGAAACUAGCGAGUUCAUCAGCUCUGAAGCCAACAAAUCUACCAACGAUGAGCCGUCAGAAGACGAAGAAGAAGAGGAGGAAGACGAACGAAUGCGUGGUUUGCCUUAUAUUAUUGAAAUUCCACGUGAAGAGAUCGUACUGAAACGACAUGUCAGAGCGUUUGAUGAUGAUGAAGAUGCUGACAAGACUGGAGAAAUAAAAAUCGAAGGCUCUGAGCCAAAUUCAAGCCAAACUGUUAACGGUGAAGUCAAGAAUGAGGAUAAGAAAGCCGAAAGUCAAACGUCAGAAAAGAGUCAAGAGAAUAAAGAUUCUACAAAAGAUGUUCAAAAGUCUUCAGAAACCGAAACCAACGACGAUGUGGUCUACUACGAACAAAUAUACAAUGCUGGUCACUUUUACCGUCACGGCGACUUUGUUUUGGUCUACAAUCCGAAGAAACCGUUCUGUGACGUGAUGCGAUUGGAGAAGAUUUGGCAAACACCAUCUGGCGAACGUUACUUCAGUGGACUUUGGUUCUGUAGGCCGUGCGAAACUACAUAUGAACCUUCGAUCAAGUUUUACAAAAAGGAAGUCAUUUUGGUAGAAGGUCGAGACCGUGUGGAACCAGUGGAGAGAAUUCAAGCCAGAUGUGCUGUUUUGAGCAUGAAAGCUUGGCAAGCUAGUGAGUUUUUGGAAGGAUUUUUAUGAUUUUGAAAAUAAUCUUUUAUUUUUGAAAGUAAAAAUAUGAAGGAUUGUGUUAGGACGUGUAUUUUUCAAUUUUAGGUAUGAAAUUUUGAAGAGGUUUGGAUUUUUUAAACAUUUUUUGUUUUAGCACGACCAACUGAGAUUCCAGAGUGUGAUGUGUUUGUGUUGGACCAUAAAGUGUCAGGAGAUCCAAGAGAUCAAGAGAAUUUUAUGAGAUACACGGCUUCAAAGAGCUUCAGAAAGAUCAAGGUAGGUGGCUUUUGAAAUUUUAACGUUUUUAAAUGGGUUUUUGUGUUGCAAAUGUGUAAUGUUCUUACGCUUAAAUGAAUAGGUUUCUAGGCUUGUAAUGAUAAAACUUUUUGUCAUUUCGCGGAGUAGUACUGUAAUUUUUACGAUUUUCGCAUAAAAAUUACAUUUAAAAAAAGUAAUAUCAUAUUGAAAUAGCGAACAAACAUCAAAAACAGAAUGAUGUUGUUUGUGUGAAAGGCUUGUUCAGGUAUAUUGAAUUUGAAAUUCAAGAUACCAUAGCAACCCCAAGUGCAGUAUGAGCUUUAGAAUGACAUGAGAAAUUAAAAGCUUGCGAAUAUUUAAAUUAAUUUACGAAAUUUAAUAUCUAUUCACGAAGGAGACAACAAAUCUUAAAAUGCAUUUGGUAGUAUAUAUAGUUAUAAAGGUCUCAAUACAAAAAUGUUGAGCUAUAUAACUUAUUUAUGAUAUUUAAAGUCAGUAACUUAAAUGAUAAUAUAUAGUUGUAUUACUAUAUAUUCACUGGACAAUUUUAAACUCACAAACCACCAAAAGCACACUGCAUAUAAAACACCUUUUGAUUGGCGAAAUAAGAGACAAAUAAAGAAGCCACACAUCAUAAUAAUGUUUCACAUACAAAGGCCGCAAUUUCCAAUUCGGUUCGAAAUGGUCGAGAAGUAGUAUUAGCUGAUAGGAAUUUAUGUGGAAUUUUAAACAACCCUUUACUUGACUUUCUAUAGUUUCUUUUACUUAUAUUAACGUGGUUGUUAUCAUACGAAGUCACGUUGCUACAAGUGUUUUUUGCCUCUAGUAUUGUGUUUUGGGAUGGAGUUCCUCAAGUAUUCAAAAUAAGGUCUUGCCGAGUUUAGGUGGUUGUUUUUGCACUAUCAAUUUCUGAAAUUACUGAAUUUACGAGAUUUGAUGUGUAAAGUACGAUAAAUAAUGCUCUGGUUUGCAAUCUUUACUCAUUCUUUGUAGUAUUAUUACUCUUGUUGCAUAUGGAAGCUUUCCUUCUUGGCACGCCCGCGAAGUACACGGAUGCAUCUGAAUCUAAAAUUACCGUUUCUUUCUCUCGCAAUGUGUUUUGCGACUGUUUUUACGCAAUGAUCUCUCACAUCGGCCGCCUCGGACCCUUUUAACGGUCCGUUUUCCCCCUUUUGCGUAUCGGGCGGCCCCCAUCCCCUUUGUGAAUAAAGGUCUCCUCUUCCUACGUCUUAUCGGAUGGCUACCUUCUCUAAAUUUCUUUUUUGUCAGCGCCUACUAAAAGUAUUACGUUUCUGUCUUAUGUUUCGUCCGAUUCAACGUUCUUUCUUUCUCUUCUCUCAAAAACCCAAAUUGCAGUCUUGUGCAUAACAAUUUCGCAGUUGACCCUUUCUGUUAAACGGCAGGCCUGGGUCUCUUUUCGGUUUACGAUGAACUAUAACUCUUCUAACCGUCUGCGCCUUACCCCCUUUCAAUGAAAAAAGACCGAUAUUUGCGCUGUUGUAAUGUCUACGCGUUGGGCGACAAACUCGAAGCACCACCGCGUCCCAAUUUUUAAGACUGCACCGCGGCGCCCUGUGUGUGCUCUCUAAACCUACAUGUUUCUAUGCGCUCUCGUAACAUUUGAGCGCUGUUUCGCUUCACUAACUGUUUUUCUCUCUUUCCCGAAAUUUUUGACUCGACCCCGCCGCAGCCCACCAAAAGGCCAGCCAGUCGAAGCGGUCGCCACUGCCUCUCUUCUCUCAGCCACCUCUAUCUCUGCGUUUCGGUUUUCCCUCUCCCCCACUACUCCGCAGCCCAGCUCGCCCCAGCCCCAGUCGCCUUUCACGCCCGUAUUCAGUUGGUUUUCAGUCCGCUCGAAAAAUUUUUGCGUUUCUCCCGCGGAAAAGCGAAGAAGAAGAAGAAGACCAAGUCGUUGAGACUGGGUGGUGCUGAGUGUGUGUGAAAGAAGGUUCACCACACCCGAGACCGGUCCCCCAACACCCGUCCGUCCGUUCAGCGGCGCGCUCGCCUUCCCCAACCACUUUUCGUCUUCGGUGUGUCUUCUGCCCCCUUUUUUGCGUCUUCCUCCCCCCAGCCAGCCCCAUGCCCCAGCAGCGAACGCGAGCGGUUCCCGUUCGUUGCUCUUCGUUCUGCCUCCGCCACGGCGGAGCAGAAUCAGCGCCGGCUGAGCGCGAAUCGUCACCAAUUUGAAGCCUUGCGGGGUCGGUACGGCGAGAGAAGAGGGGGCGCGACCGCACCCUGCUUAUGGUACUGAUACCGAUUUUUUGAGGUUGGUUCUAACGGUAGGGUUUGAUACUUGUUAUACGUCAAGUACUGAGGGGUGUUACUUGUUGUUAUCAUUUGUUGGGCACGUAUUUUCUUCAACCUUGAAAUUUUGGCUAGUCAAAUCUAUUGAUUUUUUCAAUACGUUUAUGUUUUGUUGUUCUAACGUUCGGCAGUAUGUAAUAUAUUAUUUGUUAAGAAUAUGUUAUUCAAAAAAAAAGUGUCAAAGGGUCUUUGUAAUAUGUUUUUUUUUCUAUAUAUUGCCCAAAAAAUUUAAACUUUUAGGUAGGAGGUAAUUUUUUUUACGUAACUUGAUAUUUUUUACUGCAGAAAAACUUUCAGCACACAUUUUUUAGCUAAAGUUUAGAAUCAUAGUGUUUCGAAUUUUUUACAAGGUAUAGUGAACAGUUUUUGUUUCUGGACAAGUCUUGCUCUUAUCCGAGUCAAGUCUUUGCCGCGUUGAGAUUGUGAAGUCAAUGCAUCCAUUUGACAUAAAGGCUCUUUUUGUUUUCUUCGCGGCCCGCUUUUUCUUCACGGAGCAGUUCUGAAGGCGAUAGCAAUUUUAGGUCUUUUGCACUCUCUUCUCUCUUGCCUUUUUAUACCGUGAUGACAUCGUGUUUACAUGAUGCGCAAACGUGAGCAAAACAUGUAAGGCAGUAUGGAAAAUAAAAAUGCGAAGAAUACAUUUUUUCUUGAUUUUGACAUUGAUUUUUUUAAAUUUAGGUUGAUUGAAAUGUGUAGUCCAGUAUAUUUUAAUGAGCCGUAGUAUAUUUUAAAGGCUUAGCAGCACGGAUAAAACAGAUUUUUAAAACUAAAAAAAUCGCGCAGAAAAAAAUUUUUAACGUUAGUGAGAGCAUCUUUGAUAACCAAAAUCACCGUUCUUUCUGCAUAUACACUCAAGCAAUUUUGCAAAAUGUGAAAAAAUUGUUUUGCUACACCACCCCCACUUAGCUCCUGCGCCAACAAGCAACAAGACCCCACUGGCUCCUUCUUGUUUAGGCUCUUCACCCCCUAAUACUUACUUUCCUUCUCAUCCUCCCACUACUGGUCUUCCCCCACCCGCUUUUUUUCGACCCGCGUGAGCUGCGUGGACGCCCCGAUCCUGAACGGGGAGCCCCGCUCUUCAGCUUCCCCCGCCGCCUGCUUCUUCGUCCUGCCUUACCGCUUUUGUCAUCGCCCCGGUCGGUUGGUCAAUCCCGGGCGUGUUGAGUAAUGACCAGCGGGAACGCUGCGAGAAAAGAGGAAAUAAAAAAUGUGUUUUCAUGCGAAGUGUUCAGAAAUUUGAACGAAAUGUCAAAGAAUUUAUUGGAAAAAUAUUAUUUUUGAUUUUUUGGGGUACUAAUGGUGGUUUUUAAAAAAAUAUGUUGAAAAAUAAAAAAAAAAGAAAUAAAAUUUGUAGAAAAUUCAUAAGUUAAAAAAUUUUUCAAUUUACAAAAUGUGCGCUGUCAAACACUAUACAUUUCACCUCUUUUUUAAAUUUAAUAUGCGAUUUCUUGAUUUAAAAUAUUUUUUAAAAUAAAAAAUUACGAAUUUUUAAUUUCAGCAAUAUCCACUGUCGCCUGCGGUGCCGGAUGACGAGAUCUUUUAUUUCAAAAACCCAAUAACUAUGGAACGUGUAAGUUAUCUCAAAUUUAAAAUUUUUUCAAGGCUUUGUUUUAACUUGUUAUUUUUAAUUUUAAAAUUUUUUUACACAAAAUUUUUUAAAUAAAUAAAAAUUUUAUUUUAGGAACUCUCGUCCGAGGUGGCGAAGCCCGAAAACGCCCUCCCAAUCGACCAUCACGAUUUGGAGAACGAGGAUCGGCAUGUCACGGAGCAGUUGGAGAGCACGCCCGCUCUCAAAGACAUUGCUUGGCUUGCCAAUCAACCCAAACUCAAUGCCAAAUCCAAGUCUGGCUACAUUCUGUUUUCGGCCGAAAUCCGCAAGCGAAUCAUGAACGAGAAUCCGGAAGCCGGCUUCGGCGAGGUCAGCAAAAUCGUGGGUGUGGAGUGGAAAAAGCUCACCGAAGAACAGAAACGGCAGUACGAAGAGCGGGCCAACAUCAUCGCUGAUGCUCGGGCUAAGAACGAUCUUUUAACACCAAACAGCAAGGUUUUACAGGUAGGGUAAUAUUGAUUUUGGAUAAAAGAGGGGGGGGGGGGGUUAAGGCCUUUUUUUAAAAUUUUUAUUGUUAUUGGAAAACGUUUAUGAAAAGACGUGAAAAAUGAUUUUUAAAUGCUUUUAAUUUGCAUGAAAAUUUUAAUAAUCAACUUUUUUUUAGCCCGGAGAAAUCCGAGUUCACGUUUGUAAGUGGCACGGCUGCGACUUCCAGUUUGAUCAUCCGGACGGAUGUUUCGAACACAUCCGCGUGAGUCACGCAUCGGCUGACGAAAACAAAGUAAUCAUCGAUGGAGAAGCUCACUACGCGUGCUUGUGGAUGACAUGUGUUAAAUAUCGCCAAACUGGAAAACCCUUCCCAUCAUUGCCACGACUUUUGAGGCAUAUUCGAGAAAAACACAUGCCCGCCUCGGGUAAAGUGAUUCAGCCAAGUCAAAAGGGAAAGUAAGUGAUUUUUGGAUGUUAUUAAAAAUUAAAGUUUUUGUUAAUUUUGAUGGUAGAACUUCGGAAAACGCUAUUUAACGUCAACAAUUCAUUCUCAAGUCUAAAAUCUCAAUUUUUCAGACACUUUUUCCAUUAUCUACCUCAAUCCGAGCCCUCAAACAACUCGACCAAAGAACAAUCUCAUGGCUUGUUUAUCAACCAACCCAAUGGAGUAGUAACUCCUAACGCUGUUGCCCACAAAACCGCCCUCCCCUUGGACGGCCCGCCAACCGCCACCACUUCAGUAGCGUAUGUAUCCACCCCAUCGACGUCGGCUGCCGCCCAAGCCCACACCCCUCAAGUCUACGUCCAACAAUCUAUCCCAGCCCAAUCAACGGCCCAUAAUACACCACACACAAGUUCUCAUGGCACUACUCAAGUGGUACAGGUCAUAAACGGCUCCAAUUUGACCAUUAAUGGUAAUCAAGUGGCGUACCUAAAUGGCUCUUCCACUCCUUACCAGGUAAUAGUCAAUCAUCAGCCGCAAACCAUCCAAGCUCAGCCAGGCCAACAAAUUGUAGUCCAACAUUCCAUGCCUUCUCAACAACAACAGUCGCACAUUGUCGUACAUGGGAGUACGCCGGUACAACAGGGUCAGUACGCUUUACAUCAGCCUCAAACCUCAACAUUCCAAGCACCAGCGCCACCAAAACCCGAACCACUAUUUGUACCGCCGCCAAAUAGCAUCAAAACCAAACGGGUACUACAUUCGUUGACCUACUUCAAGUACGUCGAGAACAUGAACAAGGUCAGGCAACGGGUGAACGGACAUGAACGCCCACAGAAACUGAGGUCGGAUCAGCGCAAAACGCUAAUACAGUGGCUAGGAAGGGUAAGGAAAUUGAGUUAAAUUUUUUGGGGCGGGAUGUCAAUAUUGAUUUUGGGAGAGAAAAAAAUUGCUGAAAGUUUACUUUUUCAAUGUUAUUUAUGCAAAUUUCUGAAAAAUUUUAGUGUUUUAUGUAACGAAUGAUAUGUAUUGAUUGUGAAACGAAAUGUCACUAUUGAUUUUCCAUUUUUCAGGACGAAAAUCAACGAGUUCGCGACGAUGAAUUGACCCGUGCCUUGAACCGACUACGUGAUGACAUGCUGGAUAGCUCAGUUAACGUCAAAACUGUCGAGUUAAGCCUAAACGAGCUAUAA